GUGUGUGAGUGUGUGAGAGAGUGCGGCUCCGGGAGAGACAGACACAGAGACAGAGGAGACAGAGGAGAAGCCGGAGAGCAGUCAGUUGCUGGGAGUCGGGAGCAGAGCAGCCCCCACACAGGGACCCGGACCCCAGCGAUGCUCACGGACCCCGACCUACCCCCGGAGUUUGAGAGGAUGUCUUCCAAGCGACCAGCCUCUCCGUAUGGGGAAGCAGAUGGAGAGGUAGCCAUGGUGACGAGCAGGCAGAAAAUGGAAGACGACGGCGGCGAUGGCCUCCCGGCUUUUCAUCUUCCCUUGCACGUGGGUUUCAAGCCUCACUCGGAGGAAUUUCAGGCCGUUUCGUUACUGACGCAGGAGGGUUGUGACCGUCGGAGCCCCUCGUACCAACACAACACAAUGGAACUUGAUUGCAAUAAGAUGCCCCCGUUUGCCCUGCACAACGCAGCUACCUCACCCAUAAAGGCAGAAGAGUUGGGGCGCCAGAGCGGGGAGUCUCUAGCCAACGCCAUGCUGGGGACCCCAGAGAGACGCAAGGGCAGUUUAGCGGACGUGGUGGACACCCUGAAGCAGAGGAAGAUGGAGGAGCUGAUUAAGAGUGAGCCAGAAGAAACCCCCAGUAUAGAAAAGCUUCUGUCUAAAGACUGGAAGGACAAGCUCCUCGCAAUGGGAUCGGGGAACCUGGGAGAUGUCAAAGGGACACCGGAGAGUCUUGCCGAGAAGGAGAGGCAGCUUAUGGCCAUGAUUAACCAGUUGACCAGUUUACGGGAGCAGCUGCUGGCAGCGCACGACGAGCAGAAGAAAUUGGCUGCCUCACAAAUCGAAAAGCAACGGCAACAAAUGGAGUUGGCCAAGCAGCAACAGGAACAGAUCGCGAGGCAGCAGCAGCAACUCCUGCAGCAGCAACACAAAAUCAACCUCCUCCAGCAGCAGAUUCAGGUUCAAGGUCAACUUCCACCCCUUAUGAUUCCAGUUUUCCCCCCAGACCAGAGGACGUUAGCGGCAGCGGCUGCGGCGCAGCAAGGGUUCCUGAUCCCCCCUGGAUUCAGCUACAAGCCGGGAUGCAGUGACCCCUACCCUGUGCAGCUGAUUCCAACUACUAUGGCAGCUGCCGCCGCGGCAACACCGGGACUGGCACCUCUGCAGUUACAGCAAUUGUACGCAGCUCAGCUGGCCGCCAUGCAGGUGUCUCCGGGGGCCAAACUACCUGGCGUGCCCCCCAGCAACCUCAGCAACGCCGUCUCCCCGAGCAGCAUCCAUACAGACAAGAGCACAAGCAGCCCCCCGCCCAAAACCAAGGACGAUGUGACGCAGCCCCUGAACCUGUCGGCCAAACCCAAGGGCUCCGAUAGUAAAUCUCCAUCGUCCCCCACCUCCCCCCAUAUACCCCGGCUAAGCAGCGCCCUCGCUCACAAACCCAUCUGCUCCACCUCCGCAAGUACCCCCCUCCGGGUCAACUCAAUAGAUAUCCUGUCGUCCAUCACCUCCCCGGGGUAUUUAAACGACCACGACGCCGUCACCAAGGCCAUCCAGGAAGCGCGGCAAAUGAAAGAGCAGCUCCGCCGCGAGCAACAGGCGCUGGACGGGAAAGUGGUGAACAGCCUGGGACUCAAUAACUGCAGGACCGACAAGGACAAAUCAUCGCUGGAGAGUUUAACGCAGCAGUUGACGGGGAAACCCAAUGAAGACAAGUUCAGCCACGCCAUGAUGGAUUUCAAUCUGAGCGGCGAUUCAGAUGGGAGCGCAGGAAUUUCAGAGUCGAGGAUAUAUCGGGAAUCGCGAGGCCGCGGCAGCAACGAGCCGCACAUUAAGCGCCCAAUGAACGCCUUCAUGGUCUGGGCCAAAGAUGAACGGAGGAAGAUCCUGCAGGCGUUUCCCGACAUGCAUAACUCCAAUAUCAGCAAAAUACUGGGUUCCCGCUGGAAGGCCAUGACGAAUCUGGAGAAGCAGCCGUACUACGAGGAGCAGGCCCGGCUCAGCAAGCAGCACCUGGAGAAGUACCCGGACUAUAAGUACAAGCCGAGGCCCAAGCGCACCUGCUUAGUGGACGGGAAGAAGCUGCGAAUCGGCGAAUACAAGGCAAUUAUGCGCAGCCGGAGGCAAGAGAUGAGACAGUAUUUCAAUGUGGGGCAACAAGCACAGAUCCCAAUUAGCACGGCCGGCGUCGUCUACCCCGGUGCCAUCGCCAUGGCGGGUAUGCCCUCUCCUCAUUUACCAUCGGAGCAUUCCAGCGUAUCCAGCAGCCCCGAGCCGGGAAUGCCCGUCAUCCAGAGCACUUACGGCAUCAAAGAAGAAGAGCCGCACAUCAAGGAGGAGAUCCAUAGAGAGGACAUCAACGGGGAAAUGUACGACGAAUACGACGAGGACGACGACCCCGACGUAGAUUACGCCAGCGACAGUGAGAACCUUAGUGCAGAACAAGCCAACUGAUAUGGGGCAGAGUUGGGAACUUUAUAGACUUACCAAGCCCAACCUGGUUCCUCCAUAGCGGAGGCCAAGCACAUGAACUUUCUCCUACACUGACUGUUACUAGAACUCUUACUGGGACAUCAACCGACGAUUCCGACUUCAGCCCCAAAACCGACCGGCUGGGAAAGGAAAGAGGAUUUCAUCAACAAUUUCCACCGAAAGAAUGAAAAAUAAGCUAUGGGUAAAAAAGAAAAAGAGAGGAAAAGCCAGUAAAUUCAGCUGCUAGACCCCCAGCACUGAAGUCUUUUACCCUUCAACUUUUUUUUUUUUUUCAUAAAAAUGAAAAAAAAAGAAAGAAAAAAACUCAAAAAAAAAAAACAAAAAACUUGAUGGCUGUUUGUUCUAGAAAUUCUCACUCAGGUACACAGUGCCAACAGUGGCUUGUGAAUGUGUUUUGUUGUUUUGUGCUACGGUUUUAAGAGGAAUAAGAUAAUUUUUAUUUUAAGGUUCUUUUUUUUUUGGGGGGGGUUGGUUAAUUUUCCCGGAAAUUGAAUUUUUUCACUUUGGUUGUCCCGUUGCAUUGUGGGAUGGACGGCUUCAGUAGCGACAUUUCGGUUUUAUUUCCAUCGACGACAUUUCACAAAAAAAAAAAAAAAGUGCCAAUUUUUUACCCAAGUGUCGAUUUUGUUCCUUUUGCUUUUUUUCCCCCCCCCCCGUUUCUUUCCCUGAUCAGCGUUAAGUCUUAGACAAUCUUUAAACAAAAACUGAAAACACCCGCGGACGGUGAAUAUCAGUGGACACUCGAGUUUACGAAAGAGAAAGAAAUUCUCUCGGAUUUCGGGGGGGGGCGCGAGUCCGAGCGCUUUUUACGGUACUAUUGACGCGUCGAUAAAAUUGUGCUUUUUGGGGAUAAAAAAACAAAAAGUCCCACAAUCUUUGAAAAGCCUUUACUUACUCUUUGCACUUCAGAGUUCAAAUAAGAAAAACGAUAACGUUUUUUGCUAU